CAACUUCAGCAUAUGAUCAUGAACUGCACGCCUGAUCGUUGCUGCGGGUGAAGCGUGCGCCUCCACACAGGGCGUUCGAGCUCCGUUUACGCACACGGUGGAGUGGAGUCCUCCUGGACAGAUCGGUCCAUGAAGGAUGUCUUCUUCGACAGGAGAUAAGCUAUUGUAACCCAGAACAAAUUACACGAGGAUAACUACUGUCCGAGGACCAGGAUAUUGUUUUUCAGCUAAGCGCUGCAUUUAAUUGAUUGGCCGUUUUAAUUACCAAUCUCCGAAAGGUGUCAGUGAUGGAAAUUCGCCUGAGGCGAAAGUGGGGGACAGUGUUAUAUCAUUGUAAAAGUUGCCAGCUCGCUGUAUAAGUUCCUGUUGUGAAAUAUCCGUCGACGGUGACUCAUUAUCUUUGUUAUGGAUCUUGAUGGAAACGUGAGCACUGGAGAUUGCGUGUCCCGUAGCGCGAACGAGAGCCAGCAAACAGUGCAGCCUGCGUCCCUCGGCGUGACCACAGCGCUAGCCAGCGUGCUGAUCAUUACCAUCGUAGUGGACAUCGUCGGCAACCUUCUUGUCAUUGUCUCCGUGUUCAGAAACAAGAAGCUGAGGAAUGCAGGAAACAUCUUCGUGGUCAGCCUCUCGGUGGCCGACCUGGUGGUGGCCGUGUACCCCUACCCGCUGGUCCUGACGGCCAUCUUCCACAACGACUGGAUCAUGGGCGACCUACACUGCCAAGUGAGCGGCUUCAUAAUGGGCCUGAGCGUGAUCGGCUCCAUCUUCAACAUCACAGCCAUCGCCAUCAACCGCUACUGCUACAUCUGCCACAGCCUACACUACGACCGCCUGUUCAGCCUGAAGAACACCUGCUGCUACCUGGGCCUCACCUGGGCGCUGACCGUCAUCUCCAUCGUGCCCAACUUCUUCAUCGGCUCGCUGCAGUACGACCCGCGCGUCUUCUCCUGCACCUUCGCGCAGACGGUCAGCUCCUACUACACCAUCUCGGUGGUGGUGGUGCACUUCCUCAUCCCGCUGCUGGUGGUGUCCUACUGCUACAUGCGCAUCUGGGUGCUCGUCAUCCAGGUGAAGCACCGCGUCAAGCCCGAGAACAAGCUCAAGGUGAAGCCCAGCGACCUGCGCAACUUCCUGACCAUGUUCAUGGUCUUCGUGCUGUUCGCCGUGUGCUGGGCGCCCCUCAAUCUCAUCGGCCUGGCCGUGGCCAUAAACCCAGCGAGGGUCGCACCCAACAUCCCAGAGUGGCUGUUUAUCACCAGCUACUUCAUGGCGUACUUCAACAGCUGCCUGAACGCCGUCAUCUACGGACUCCUGAACCAAAACUUUCGCAAGGAGUACAAGACUAUCCUCCUGUCACUGUGUACUCCGAAGUUGUUUCUGGCGGACAACUCGAGGUGUGGCACAGAGGGGCUCAAAAGCAAGCCCUCGCCCGCCAUCACGAAUAACAACCUGGCAGAGAUUCACUUAUGAGGCAGAACAUGUGUUGACAUUUGUAUGGUUUUCAAUUAAAAUUGAGCUAGUUAACAUAUUGUUCAAGUUCAAAUUGAGCAUCACGUUGUGCCUUUUGUUUUCUGUUUUAAUUAAGUCAGUCAAACUGACAUUUUGAUUAAGAUUAUUAUUUAUUGUGCCAAAUGAUGUGAUCUUUGCAAAUAUCAGUGUUUUUUUCAAUGGAUAUGGGAUAUUUGUCUGAAGAAGGAUUCAUUUUUGGAAAUAUCCCUGACAUGUUUUCAUUGUUACAUAUUCACAAUUCCAACAUCACCACUUUCUUGAGGGAAGAUAUGAGGAUAAAAAGAGAAGAGACUGAAGGGGAAAAAACCCAAAACAAAACGAAUGCAGUUUUCAAAGACAUUUGAAUGCAGCAGAUGGCCAGUGUUUUUUUGGUUUGCCCGUGUUGCAGGGACAUGCUAAAUCAUUUUAGUCCACACUUCACUGGACCCUUUUCAUUCUGGCGUGUGAACAGGAACAGUAAUGAGCCUCAGAACAAACAGAAUCGAUAUCAUCGGAAUGCAUGUCCAGCUGGGAACACGCCCCACCUCAGAAUCCUCCACAGAACUGUCCGCGUGGAUUCACACACCAGUUACAGUGUGGGUUGCAUUUCCACCAAUAAAGUCUAUGUACUGUGGCUGGGGGACAGAUUGGUUUCUCAUUUUUCCCUCUGAUUAUUUGUUUUCUGUCAUUCUCAUUAUUAUCCCUCAUCAAAGGCAGACAAAAGUAAAUAUUCAUAUCUAUCCAAUUGUUGCUAAAACUGAUCUAAUAGGCCGCAUUUGAACAAAGACUUUCAGCUUCUCAAUUUCUUUGUCUAAGAUGUCAUUCCCACAACAAUGGGGUGUUUAAAAAAAUUGAAAACAUUAUUUUUUAAAGAUUAGCGUCCACAUGACAAAGUUUUGAGAGUUAAUCCGCGUGCACACUGAAAUGCAGCUAGUUAGGUCGUUUUAAAAUAAUAUUUUUUGCAUAACCUAUUAUGGUCUAUAUAAUAUAUUAUCAAAGCAAUGACACUGGUAG